AAAGAAUGCCACAAACUGGAAGCACUUGGAAAGAAGCAGGAGGAAGAAAAUGGAGAAGAAACAGGAGGGACUUAAAAGGAAGAGGGAUGAGAGGUUGAGUGGCUGAGGCCAAAGUAAAACAACAGAGAGGAAGGAAAGAAGCAAAAAAUGGCUCAGAUUGAUAAGAACAAUGAUGAGCGUCUGGCACAGGUAAAGGCCAAGAAGGUGGCCAGAAAACAUCAGGAGCUGGAACAGAAGAAAUUGGAAGAAGAGCUUAAAAGGAAGAUUCAACAAGCAGCUGCUGCUGGUUUGAAUGUGACUUUUGAGAUUGAGCGCUCUGUACUGGGCACACCUGAAGGAGAAGCCAGUAAUCCCAAUGUAACUGUGGAUAUUGAGCGAUCGCCACAGUCGUACUGCAUCCCUUCAAAGGGCAGCGACAAAAAUCUAGAGGACUAUGGGAUGGACCAAAACAGUGACGACUCUGAUGAGACUGCCCCAAAGAAACCUAUUCCGUCUUGAGCAGAAGGUCCCAGUCUUGAGCAGAAAAUUAGGAACCAGUUCUGCAACCCUCCACAUUUAGACUUUCUUUGGAGAGGUCGAACCACCAAGACUGGAAAGCAUCUUCUACAAGAGCAAGCCUCACUAUUUUAAAGGCACCAGUUCUGCUGUGUGGCACUCGCCUCCAGCUGGAACCAAGUAAUAUCUG